AUGAUUCCUAUUGAAUCAAUUAGCGGCCUAGGAGUGUCUGAGACGCGGUUUCCUUAUCAGCAGCCAUUAAAGCGGGCAGGACGGUCAUAUGGGUCUCCCUAUGGACCGGCCAACAGGACGGUGAUAUGGACAGUGACCCCCCUCCUCCCCCACAACAACCAGAAACCCCCCUCCUCCCCCACAACAACCAGAAACCCCCCUCCUCCCCCACUACAACCAGAGAACCCCCUCCUCCCCCACAACAACCAGAGAACCCCCAUUCCUCCCCCACAACAACCUGAGAACCCCCUCCUCCCCCACAACAACCAGAGAACCCCCCCUCCUCCCCCACAACAACCAGAGAACCCCACCUCCUCCCCCACAACAACCAGAGAACCUCCCCCUCCUCCCCCACAACAACCAGAGAACCCCCCUUCCUUCCCCACAACAACCAGAGAACCCCCCUUCCUUCCCCACAACAACCAGAGAACCCCCUUCACUCCUUAUGUCCCAAAGUUGUUGUCAGAGGAAGAGGAAGCUAAGCGGAUUGCAGAGAUGGGGAAACCAUCUCUGGGGGAACACUCCAAAAUGGAGGUUUUCAUCGAGGAGUCCUAUGAGUUCAAGAAUACGGUGGAUAAGCUGAUAAAGAAGACCAACCUGGCUCUGGUGGUGGGCACCAACUCCUGGAGACAACAGUUCAUGGAGGCCAUCACAGUCAGUGCAGGAGACGAGGAUGAGGAAGACUCCGGUGAAGAGCGUCUUCCGUCUUGUUGUGACUACGUCAUGCACUUCCUCACCGUCUUCUGGAAGGUGCUGUUCGCCUGUGUUCCUCCCACGGACUACCUGAACGGCUGGGCCUGCUUCUUCAUCUCCAUCGUCAUCAUCGGCAUGCUGACCGCAGUGAUCGGAGAUCUGGCCUCUCACUUUGGCUGCACCAUCGGGCUGAAGGACUCCGUCACUGCCAUGGUGUUCGUGGCGCUGGGUACGUCUGUCCCUGACACAUUUGCCAGUAAGGUAGCGGCGAUGCAGGACACAUAUGCAGACGCCUCCAUCGGUAAUGUGACGGGCAGCAACGCGGUCAACGUGUUCCUGGGCAUCGGGGUGGCGUGGUCGAUAGCCGCCAUCUACUGGCACAUGCAGGGCAAGCAGUUUGUGGUGGAGGCCGGCUCGCUGGCCUUCUCCGUCACCCUCUACACCAUCUUCGCCUUCCUGGGGGUCUCCGUGCUGCUGUACCGCCGCCGAGCUCACAUCGGGGGGGAGCUGGGUGGGCCACGCGGCCACAGACUGGCCACCUCAGCCUUCUUCUUCAGUCUCUGGUUCCUCUACAUCCUCUUCUCCAGCAUGGAGGCCUACUGUCAUAUAGAGGGCUUCUAGAACCUCCUGGAACACUUCUAGAACACCUCUGAGACACUUCUAGAACACUUCUGAGACACUUCUAGAAUUUUUCUGAGGCACUUCUAGAAUUCUUCUGAGACACUUCUAGAAUUCUUCUGAGACACUUCUAGAAUACUUCUGGGACACUUCUAGAAUACUUCUGGGACACUUCUAGAGCCUCCUUACAGGAGGUUCAAGGUAUAACUUAAUGGAGAGUAAAAAUAGGAUUCUCAGUGUGGAUAUUGGAAUGAUGUUGGUAUGAAGGGAUGAGAGGAGAACAGCAUGAGGUAAAGGGAGUGGUGGCUCCCCUCUCCUCCGCCCCUCCACCUUCCCUCAACCCCACUCUAAGGACCCCCAGACAUAAUCAGUCCAUCUCCUCUGAAGGAGAUGUCUGUUAAGACAGGGAGAGCCGGUGUGCUACCCACAUGGGUGUGCUUACAGCUGGGGUUAGGGUACCUCUAUACCGGGGUAAGUACACCAGAGGGUGUCUCAUCUGGUCUGGUCUGUAUUCCACUAGAAGAGACAAUAAGCUGAUGAGAUCUGAGCUAUCAGAAGAAGUCUAUAUUUUUCUCAACACCUUGAUGAGAACAACCUUUUCUAAACUAAGUAUUUUGGGGGAUAAAACCAAAACACUUUUCUUUUUUUAACAAAAAAAAGAGGAAAUUAAAGAUACUAUUUUCUAGAUCUUUAAGGAGAACAAAACAUGUUAUAUAACUAAUGGAACAGAUAUUGUUGAUGAUGAAUGACAAUUGAAUGGUCAUAGUAUUUAGUAGUAUUUUAUUUGCUUAGUUUCUUAUUAAGGAACGAAUAAGAGGCAAGAAACAGCAGAGUUGUCAGAGGCAAGAAACUAAAACAGGAAGCGCCCGUGGAGGAGGAGGAGGAGGAACAACAGAGAACAAGUACAGACAGAUCAACUAUCAAACUAAAGACAGGAGGAGGAGGAGGAGCAAGAGGAGGAGGAGGAGUGGAAGAAGAUGAGGAAGACAUUGAAGGAUAACAUUAUCAGAGUGCCCUGAACAUUACUUCAGUACAUCUGUCUGUAUAUUUCCAUAUAUUCUGUAUAUUUUGACUAUUUAUUUCAAUGUGGUCACAUUCAGCUUCUUCAGUCCUACAGGGACUUCAGCUCCUACAGGGACUACUGUGGCUUGGUAUGG